GUUUGACUUUUUAGACCCCACAUCCUCUGGGGGGGUGAGCUAUAUUUGGUGGGUUAAUGAUGCGUAAGUGUCCGUAAGACAACGACACACUUUUUUGUUUGGGGGUAGGCAUCUGUUUUGCAGGAUAUUGUAAAGAGAGAGAGCCUUGAGCGCAGACGCCUGGCCAUUUAUGAACACACACCCCGCCCCUUUUUCUUUGUUUUGAAACACACACACAUCCACGACCGCGCACGCACGCACACACACACGCGCUCACAUGGCUUUUUCCGCAAGUGUUUUUCUCCGGGGGCAUGCUUGGUGAUAGAUGGAAAGGACUUAUUCCUAUCGUUAAAAGAUAUAGGUCCUGGUUAGCCCUGACCAUUAUCCGAUCGCUAAGACGCUUGCACACUCCCUCAAAGCUCCAUACAGGGGCCUGGUAUAGCCAUCCACCAUUAUCCGUGUCCAAUUGCCCCUUCAAACUGCCUGGCUCUCUUGCACGGUCCAUCAGAACUCCGGGUCAGUGCUCUAAAAUGAGUCUCUCUGGGGAGAGAGAGGAGGGGGGCCCUGCCUCUAAAAUGAGUCUCUCUGGGGAACAUGACACCAAAGCUAAGAGCCCAAUCAAGCAGGAGAGACCAGCCUCCCCUGUACCCAGCUGUGUGUCCAUGAAGAGUGACAAGUCUAUGGAUCUACCUAUAUUCUUCAGAGAGGGAGACUUUUCUACUGAACAAAGAAACCAACAGGAGAGAUCAGAGUCAGAGAUUCUCAGUGGUCAGUCUUCCCAGAGUCAUCAAACAGACCUGGCCUCCAUAUUCAGUUUGCUUGAAGAGAAUAUUAUGACAUUUGUGAAGAACGAGCUGAAGAUAUUCAAGAGGAUUCUUAGUCCAGAACUCCCAGAAGGCUUUGAGAGUCAGAAGCAGGAUAAGGAAGUGGUGGAUGCUGAAGAUGAGAAGCAGGAGAGCAGUGCCAGAGAGGGGGCUCUGAAGAUCACACUGCACGUCCUGAGGAAAAUGAACCAGAAGGAGCUUGCUGACACACUGGAGAAAUAUUCAGAUGAGCUUGCUGUGAUUUGCCAACGUGAACUCAAAUCUAAUCUAAAGAAGAAGUUUCAAUGUGUAUUUGAGGGGAUCGCUAAACAAGGAAACCCAACACUUCUCAAUAAGAUCUACACAGAGCUCUACAUCACAGAGGGUGGAACAGGAGAGGUCAAUAAUGAACAUGAGCUGAGACAGAUUGAGACAACAACCAGGAAACAAGCAAGACCAGAGACUGCAAUCAAAUGUAACGACAUUUUCAAACCCUUAACUGGACAAGACAAACUUAUCAGAACUGUGCUGACAAAAGGAGUCGCUGGCAUUGGAAAAACAGUCUCUGUGCAGAAGUUUAUUCUGGACUGGGCUGAAGGAAAAGCAAAUCAGGAUGUCCAAUUUGUAUUUUCAUUCCCUUUUCGGGAGCUGAAUUUGAUGAAUGAGGACAAACACACUUUCAUUGAACUUCUUAAUCACUUCUCAAUGGAAACAAAACAAUCAAGAAUCUCCAACUACGACAAGUACAAAGUUCUGUUCAUCUUUGAUGGUCUGGAUGAGUGCCGACUGCCCCUAGACUUCCAGAAGAACAAGAUCUGUUGUGACGUCACAGAGUCAACCUCCGUGGAUGUUCUGCUGACAAAUCUCAUCAAGGGAAAUCUGCUUCCCUCUGCUCUCCUCUGGAUAACUUCCCGACCUGCAGCAGCCAACAAGAUCCCUUCAGGGUGUGUUGACCAGGUGACAGAGGUACGAGGGUUCAAUGACCCACAGAAGGAGGAGUACUUCAGGAAGAGAUUCAGUGAUGAGGACCUGGCCAGCAGAAUCAUCUCACACAUAAAGACAUCAAGGAGCCUCCACAUCAUGUGCCACAUUCCAGUCUUCUGUUGGAUUUCUGCAACAGUCCUUGAACACAUGCUGAAACAUAAGAGAGAAGAGAUGCCCAAGACUCUGACUGAGAUGUACACACACCUUGUGGAGUUUCAUACCAAACAGAAGAAUGAAAAGUAUGUUGGAAAAGAAGAGACAGGUCCACACUGGAAUAAAGAUAGCAUUCUGUCACUGGGAAAACUGGCUUUUCAACAGCUUGUGAAUGGCAAUCUGAUUUUCUAUGAAGAUGCCCUGAAAGUGGCUGGCAUUGAUGUCAGUGAAGCAUCAGUGUACUCAGGAUUGUGCACACAGAUCUUUAAAGAGGAAUGUGUGCUGUACCAGGACAAGGUGUACUGCUUUGUUCAUCUGAGCAUUCAGGAGUUUCUGGCUGCUGUAUAUGUGUUCCUCUCAUUCAUCAACAACAAUGAGAAUCUAAUGGACAAACUUCAAACAAAAGACAAGUCUGAAGUUACUUUCUACAAGAGUGCUGUGGAUAAAGCCUUACAAAGUGAGACGGGAAACCUGGACCUUUUCCUCCGCUUCCUUCUGGGCUUCUCACUGGAGUCCAAUCAGAAGCACUUACGAGGUCUACUGACAAAGACAAGAAGCAGCUCACAGACCCAUGAAGAAACAGUCAAGUACAUCAAGGAGAAGAUCAGGGAGAAUUCCUCUCCAGAGAGGAGCAUCAAUCUGUUCCACUGUCUGAAUGAACUGAAUGACCAUUCUCUAGUGAAGGAGAUCCAAAGCUACCUGAGAUCAGGAAGUCUCUCAGAAGACAAACUGUCACCUGCACAGUGGUCAGCUCUGGUCUUUGUGUUGCUGACUUCAGAAAAGGAGCUGGAUGUGUUUGACCUGAAGAAAUACUCCAGAUCAGAGGAAGGUCUUCUGAGGCUGCUGCCAGUGGUCAAAGCCUCCAGAGUUGUUCUGCUGUCGGGCUGUGGAGUCAAAGAGGAGGGCUGUGCUUCUCUGGUCUCAGCUCUGAUGUCAAACCCCUCACACCUGAGAGAGCUGGAUCUGAGUAACAAUGACCUGAAGGAUUCAGGAGUGAAGCUGCUCUCUGCUGGACUGGGGAAUCCCCACUGUAAACUGGAGACUCUGAGGCUGUCAGGCUGUCUAGUCACAGAGGAAGGCUGUGCUUCUCUGGUCUCAGCUCUGAUGUCAAACCCCUCACACCUGAGAGAGCUGGACCUGAGUAACAAUGACCUGAAGGAUCCAGGAGUGAAGCUGCUCUCUGCUGGACUGGGGAAUCCCCACUGUAAACUGGAGACUCUGAGGCUGUCAGGCUGUCUAGUCACAGAGGAAGGCUGUGUUUCUCUGGUCUCAGCUCUGAGGUCAAACCCCUCACACCUGAGAGAGCUGGACCUGAGCUACAAUCACCCAGGAGACUCAGGAGUCAGACUGCUCUCUGCUGGACUGGAGGAUCCACACUGCAGACUGGAGAAACUCAAUGUGGAACAUGGUGGAGAGAACACAAUGAAACCUGGGAUUAGAAAAUAUGUCUGUGAUCUCACACUGGACCCAAACACAGUAAACAGACUCCUCUCUCUGUCUGAGGAGAACAGAAAGGUGACAUGGAGGAGAGAGAAGCAGCCGUAUCCUGAUCACCCAGAGAGAUUUGAGGGCUGUAGACAGGUGCUGUGUAGAGAGGGUCUGACUUGGCGCUGUUACUGGGAGGUAGAGUGGAGUGGGAGAAGGGCUGUUAUAGGAGUGACAUAUAAAGGAAUCAGCAGGAGAGGAGGGCUUAAUGACUGUGGGAUUGGAUACCAUGACAAGUCCUGGAGUCUGUUCUGCUCUGACAACAGUUACAUUGCCUGGCACAAUAAUAAUGACACUACCAUAGACAUCCCCUCCUCCGGCUCCCACAGAGUAGGAGUGUAUCUGGACUGGUCAGCUGGCACUCUGUCCUUCUAUAGAGCCUCCUCUGACACACUGACCCACCUGUACACAUUCACCUCCACGUUCACUGAGCCCCUCUAUCCAGGGUUUAGGGUUUGGUAUGACGGCGACUCAGUGUCCCUGUAAAUAAUAACCUGACAUACACACUGUCAUGACUGUCCUGAUCAGGUCAGGUUACAGGAGACCACAACCCUACAGAUUUCCUCUCAACCCCAACAGAGGAGAGAUCUAGGGGGUCUGAAGAUGUGGGGGUUUCAUGACCCCUCACACCCAUGGUAAUUCUGAGACCACGGACAACAUUCCUUUGUCCCUCUCACUAUGGAGAACCAGUCUCAGAACUGUAAACAUGCAAUAAAGGGACUUUGGAACAAUGGUUUCCGUCAACUACAAUGGUGGUCAUGACGAUAGAUGGAAUAUGAAAAUGUAUGUCAUUUUUGUUUUGUUAUUAAAGGUUAAUAGAUGACGUUAUUAUGAAAACAUUGUAACGUUAAGAGUUUUCCUCGUAUAUGCUCGAUGUUUAUACAUUGUACGUUGUGUGGAAAAUGUCCAAAUCAAAGAGCAUGUUUCGAGAGAGAUGAAAUGUGAAGUUAGUUGUUUAAAAUUGGAUUUGAGUAAAAUCUAUACCUUGCCCUUAAACCUGGUACGCCCAGAGAAUUGCCCUGAAGGCGGUUACGCCCACUUCUGACCCGAGGGUAUAAAACCUGUGAGUGCAGAA